CGGGCGAAACUGCAAGGGUCAAGAGUGUAGUUUUUUGGCCGGCGGUCCGUAACAGGGGGGCUGGGUGGAGCUCUCGGGGCUAGGGCCUUGAGGCCACAGCCUGCUGGGGGACGCGAAGGAGCUUUUCCCGUGGGAGGGGUUUUUCCCCCGAGGGUGGGCGGCCGGGGCGGGACUAGUCAGCCCCUGGUGUCACUCGGCUCGGCCCGAAUCCCGCAGCCCGGGGAGAAUGGGGCGGUCCCGAGGCUGGGCCCUAGGACGGGGCGGGUCGCGGGCACAGGGCCCGGGUCCCGCCCUCCCUCCGCCCUCGCCACCUGAGACAGGUGGAGUCGCCGGAGUGGCUGCAGGAGUCAUGUCCCAGAAGGAGCCGGACCUGGAGCUCGGGCCCCCGGCGGAGUCGGCGCCGCUUUGCCCGCUGCACUCCCAGGAGCUGAAAUGGUUCUGCAUAGCCGAGCGGCGGCUCGUGUGCGGAGGCUGCAAGGGGCCGGGGGGCCCGUGCCGCGAGCACCAAGUCCGGAGGGCCGAGGAGCGGGCUGAGGAGCUGCGGAACAAGAUAGUGGAUCAGUGUGAGAAGCUGCAGCUACAGAGCGCUGGUAUCACCAAAUACAUGGCUGAAGUCUUGCCUCGGAAAAACCAAAAUGCAGCGACCAUGGCCAGUGGGGCCCGUGAGGUGGUGAUCCAGCGGCUGGGCCUGGUGCGCACCGUGUGUGAGAGCGAGGAACAGCGGCUGCUGGAGCAGGUGCACGCGGAGGAGGAGCGGGCCCAUCAGAGCAUCCUGACCCAGCGGUCCCACUGGGCGGAGGCCUUGCAGAAGCUGGGCACCCUCCGCACCAAGCUCGUGGCUAUGCUCACCGACCUCGACGACCACAGCCUGAUUCAGUCAGAGCGGGAGAUUUUUGAGAGGACUGAAGAAGCUGAGGGAAUCUUGGAUCCCCAGGAAUCUGAGAAGUUAAAUUUUAAUCAGAAAUGUGUGCGGAGCCCAUUACUGACCCAGCUUUGGGCAUCAGCUGUUCUCUGCUGUCUGUCAGGUACUGAGGACAUUUGUGUGGAUGAGAGGACCAUCAGUCCCUUUCUCCAGCUGUCAGAGGAUAGGAAGACCCUUACCUUCAACCCCAAGAAGUCCAAGGCCUAUGCAGAUGGCCCAGAACGCUUUGACCACUGGCCCAACGCCCUGGCCUCCACCUCCUUCCAGAGUGGGCUCCAUGCCUGGAUGGUGAAUGUAGAGAAUAGCUGUGCUUACAAGGUGGGGGUCUCCUCGAGCCAGCUGCCUCGAAAGGGUUCUGGCAGCGAUACGCGCCUGGGCUACAACGCUUUCUCCUGGGUCUUCUCCCGCUAUGACCAGGAAUUUCGGUUCCUGCACUGUGGCCAGCACCAGCCUUUGGCCUUGUUGCGCUGUCCAGACCGUAUUGGGGUCUUGUUGGACUUGGCAGCAGGUGAGCUCUUGUUCUAUGAGCCCACCUCAGGUGCCCUCCUGUGCUCCCACCACACCCAGUUUGAGGGCCCCAUCUUUCCUGUCUUUGCUGUGGCUGACCAGAACAUCUCCAUUGUUCAAUGAUGGGCUCGAGGUUCCUUCUCCCUCCCCACCUUCUGGUGCCGGGUUUCCCCAUUGUGCAUGCUCAGUAGCCAUCACCUGAGGCACAUAGUGGUGGGAAGAUGGGACUGAGAUGGGUUUGCAGUCUAAGUUCUACCUCUCAGAUACUCGUGGAUGUUGGUGAGGAGCCCUCGCCCCUCUAUGUCGCAGGUCUCUUUUCCUUCUAUUCUUUAAGUACCUGAUAUGGGAGGACUAGGAAAGGUGAUUAAGGCAAGCAGUGGAAAGAAAACUGGACAGGGAGUCAAAACGCCUGGGGUCUGGUCUUGGCUCUCCCACCAACUUAUUUUGAGAUUCUGAACAAGUUGUUUGAUCUCUUUGGACAUCAGUUUCCUCAUUUGUGAGGGCAGAUGAGCUGAGCGAGCACUCGCUCUCACAUUCCAUGUACAGAAUUCCCUGGCAAUUACUGUUUCCAGUUCCCUUGGCUGCCAAGUCUGUGUUUCUAACUCUUUUCUUCUGUUUGGCAACCCCCAGGGUCCGCUCUCUUGCCUUCUGGGAUACAGGGUACUCCUUAGACUGCUCCAUCCUAGGCUCAGUUAAGCAGGCUCUCUACCAGGUGCUAACUUUAGCUGGAGUUCUGGGCCAGUUUUGUGAAAGUUUCUGGUAGCUACCUAUUCUCUAAGGCUAGGGUUUGAGCACAUGAACCUUGAGCAGAGGAUGGAAGCAUGGAUGCCUGAUGGCAGGGUAGACUCAUGAUGAGGUGCCUGGCUGUGGGAAACAUUUAAAUUAUUAAAAGAUUUUGGGAAAAAAAAAGUUAAA